CACACUCACACAUUUUCCUUCCUCUGCAGGGGAAACAGUCUCGUUGGUGGUGGUGUGUCUGUGUGGCUCCAGUCUGACCGGCUGUUUGUGGGGAAAUGGCGGAUAUGUUGACACUUUUCACCUCCAUCGGGCUCAGCGAGCAGAAGGCGAAAGAAACGCUGAAGAAUGAAGCGCUGAGUUCGGCCCUGAAGGACGCGAUUACCCAGGCUCACAGUGUUCAUGGGGCGUCAGGAGUGGACAAAGCCAUGGGCACGCUGCUGUACAGUAUGGCGUCUCGCCUCAAAGACACAAAUCGUCUGGUGUUCCUUUCAGUCAGCAUAGCUCAGCGCAAAAUCUGCACAGAGCUGCAACUGGCAGCUGCACUGGACUUUUUGAAGAGUCAUCUUCAGGACCCCAUCAACAUGAAGGAGUUUGAAGAAGCGUGUGGAGUGGGCGUGGUUAUAACACCUGAACAGAUUGAAGAUGCAGUGGAGUCUGUGAUCAAGAAGCAUAAGGAACCUCUGUUAAAGGAGAGGUACCACUUCAACAUGGGACUACUAAUGGGAGAAUCACGUGCUGCCCUGAAAUGGGCUGAUGGGAAGGUCAUCAAAAAUGAGGUCGACAUGCAGGUCUUGCACCUCUUAGGACAAAAGACAGAGGCUGAUCUGGAGAAGAAAUCUAAGGCCCAGAAAACCAAAGUCAGUGAGAGUGACGUGAAGCCAAAGAAAGACGAGGUGGCAGUGAAUGGUGAGCCGAAGGCUGAGCAGGGAAAGUCACUCAUGGAACAGCUCAGAGGAGAAGCACUUAAGUUCCAUAAAAUAGGAGAGAACUAUAAGACUGAGGGCUAUGUGGUUACACCAAACACCAUGUCCCUGCUUAAAAAGCACCUGGAGUUCACUGGUGGACAGAUUCGUACCCGUUUUCCUCCCGAGCCCAACGGCAUCCUUCACAUCGGACACGCCAAAGCUAUUAACUUCAAUUUUGGUUAUGCUAAGGCAAACGAUGGUAUUUGUUUCCUGAGGUACGAUGACACAAAUCCCGAAAAGGAGGAGGAGAAAUACUUCACUGCCAUUAAGGACAUGGUGGAGUGGCUUGGCUACACACCUUAUGAAGUCACUCAUGCAUCUGACAACUUCCAGCAACUCUACGAUCUUGCUGUGGAUCUAACUCGCAGGGGCUACGCGUAUGUGUGCCACCAGAAGGGGGAGGACCUGAAGGGCCAUAACGCUCCUCCGUCACCGUGGAAGGACCGUCCCAUUGAAGAGUCCCUGGUCUUGUUUGAGAGGAUGAAGAAAGGCCUGUAUGCAGAGGGAGAGGCCACACUCAGGAUGAAGAUGGUCAUGGAGGACGGGAAGUUGGACCCGGUGGCGUACAGAAUCAAAUACACACCACAUCAUCGAACAGGAGAUGAAUGGUGCAUCUACCCCACAUAUGACUACACCCACUGUCUGUGUGACUCCAUUGAAAAUAUCACACACUCGCUGUGUACCAAAGAGUUUCAGGCCAGGCGUUCAUCAUAUUACUGGCUGGUUAACGCUCUGGACUUGUACUGCCCUGUGCAGUGGGAAUAUGGGCGUUUGAACCUCACUUAUACUGUUGUGUCCAAGAGGAAAAUCAUCAAACUGGUAGAGUCUGGCGUUGUCAGAGACUGGGACGAUCCCCGCCUCUUCACUCUGACUGCGCUGAAAAGAAGAGGUUUCCCACCAGAGGCUAUUAACAACUUUUGUGCACGGGUCGGAGUCACCGUUUCUCAGACAACAACAGAGCCCCACCUGCUGGAGUCGUGUGUGAGGGACGUGCUUAAUGACACAGCACCCAGAGUCAUGGCUGUGCUGGAGCCACUUAAAAUCACCAUAGUUAACCUCCCAGAGAACUCACGGUCAGAUGUACGAGUACCAGACUUUCCUGCCAAUGAGGCCAGGGGCAGCCACACGGUUCCAUUCACUCGCACGAUCUUCAUUGAACAGAGCGACUUCAGAGAGGUGAUGGAAAAGGGCUACAAGCGUCUGACCCCAGAACAGCCUGUCGGCCUGAGGCAUGCUGGGUAUGUCAUAUCUGUGCAGAAGGUCAUAAAGGACGCUCAGGGGAAAGUGGUGGAAGUGGAGGUAAACUGCAGCAGCUCUGACACUGCAGAGAAACCAAAGGCCUUCAUCCACUGGGUCAGCCAGCCGCUGGUGUGUGAAGUGCGUCUCUAUGAAAGACUAUUCCUGCACAAACACCCAGAGGAUACAUCUGAGGUGCCCAACGGCUUCCUGAGUGACAUCAAUUCUAAUUCAAUGCAGGUGAUCAGAAGUGCCUUAGUCGAUACCUCAGUCAAGGGAGCAACAGUUUUAGACAAAUUCCAGUUUGAGAGAGUUGGCUACUUCUCCCUGGACCCAGACAGCACUGAAGACAAGCUGGUCUUCAACAGAACAGUCACACUGAAAGAAGACCCUGGGAAGAUCUGAUUGACUGAGAUCAAGUCUCACGUGCUGCUUCCCAUGAGCCCACAGAUACAUGCCCAAAUUGUUUGCUUCGCUCAGUGUGUAACAUCAGCAAGGGCACAUGCUGCUUCAGCUUAGAUCAGUCCAAAUCAGACACUGUAGUUUAAUAAUUUUCUUAAUUAUGGUUCAGUCUCACUGAAACAGGGAAAUGUAAAUUGUCAACCUUUAUCAAAACGACUCUGAUAACACUGACCAAUCUCAAGCUCGGCCAGUCAGUGUCAGAGUCUGGUUUAAUCUUUUCUCUAUCUGCUGCAAAGAUAUUUACUUACUAUGGUUCCUCUUUGUUGUUGAAUGUAUGCAACUUUGAUUACUGUUCAACAAGGACCUAAUGUAUGUAGUUUUUAUGUUGGCUCCAAGCUGGUGUUACACAGAGGAGACGCUCUCACAUGCCAUACACAACUUUCUUACACGAGUGGUGGAUCAGUGCCAAACCACAGAGUGUGUGUGUGUGUGUGUGUGUUUUUUAAGAAUCAGAUGGGUGCACAUGUGACCUUUUUUGACAAGAGACAAAAAUAAAUAAAACAUAAAAACUC